AUGACAACAAAUGGAUCUCUACUCUUGAAGAAAAUUGAUAAACUAAAAGAAGCAGGAUUGAAUUAGGUGAACAUAAGCUUGGAUACACUAGUUGAGUCGAAAAACUAGUUUAUAACACGUAGAACUGGUGGCUUCUCCUAGACUUUAAAGGUAUUUUAAGUCAAUUUUAUCAAAAAAUAGGUUAGAUUUAUAGAAUUCAUGCCGUUCGAUUAAAAUGACUGGAGCAAAAAAAAGUUACUUCCAUAUUUUGAGAUACGUAAAUAAAUUGAAAACAAAUAUAACUUGAUUAGAAAUGUUGACUAAUCUACAUCAACAAGCAAGACUUUCCGUAUUCAAGGUUUCAAAGGAACAGUCGGAUUCAUUUCUUCAAUGAGUGAUAACUUUUGCGGUGGGUGCAAUAGAAUGAGGAUAACAGCUGAUGGUAAUUUAAAAAUAUGUUUGUUUGAUAAUCGAGAGAUCAAUUUAAGAGAAAUGAUUGACACUGGUUAUUCAGAUUAGCAGAUUUUGGACGAGGUUGAAAAUCAUCUAAUGAAAAAACAUUUCUCUCACGGUGGUGUCGAUAGUAUUUUACAGAGAGAAAACCGGUCUAUGAUAAGAAUAGGUGGAUGA